AUGAAGGCAGUUGGGGUAAAAAACGGCAAAGGCAAUGCCGAUGCUCUCUUCAUCGAAGAUGGUGUGCCUGAUCCCGUUCCGACAGGCAAUCGCAUCCUGGUUCGCAUUAAGGCAUUCGGUCUCAAUCGCAUGGACAUAAUGCAAAGAGAGGAUCGCUACCCAUACCCUUUAUUGCCCGAAUCGGGGAAAAUCAUGGGAGUGGAGUUUAGUGGAAUUGUAGAAAAGAAGGGGCCCGAUUGCUCCGGGGAUUUCCAAGUGGGAGACAAGGUGUUCGGUCUUGCAUACGGGGGUGCAUAUGCACAAAAGAUCGCUGUGUCGGAAAAGAUGCUCAUGCAUCUUCCUUCUACACUGAGAUUUGAAGAAUCUGCUGGUAUCCCGGAGGUAGGAUUAAUUACCCUCACUGCAUUCACUUCCACCCAACUGACCAGACAGACCUCUUUCACAGCUAUUCAGGCCAUUCACCUAGUCGGUAACCUUCAACCUGGCCAGUCGGUGCUCAUCCAUGCUGGUGCCUCUGGAGUCGGUCAAUCUGCUAUCCAGAUCGCCAAAGUCGGCGGAGCAUCGAAGAUCUUCACGACUGCUGGGAGUGACGAGAAAUGCGAUUUGUGUCGCUCCCUUGGAGCGGACUUUGCGGUCAAUUAUCGCUCCGGAGAGGACUUCUCAGAAGUGGUCAAGCGGGAGACAAAUGGACGCGGGGUGGACCUGAUCGUGGAUCUCGUAGGACGGGACUAUUUUCACCGGAACAUGGCCUCGGCAGCCAUGGAUUCUCGCAUGGUCCUGGUUGCAGCUUUAAGCGGGAGCAAGGUGGAUGACUUCGAUCUGCGUGCAUUGCUCAACAAGCGAAUCUGGCUGAUGGCUACAACGUUGAGAACGAGAGCUGCUGAUUAUCAGGGACAGUUGCGUGAUCUUUUCUCUGAGAAGAUUUUACCCCAUAUCAAGUCAGGCGAGGUGAAGACGACGGUGGAUAAAGUGUUUCCAUGGACUCAAGUAUCGGAUGCUCAUAAGCGGUUGGAGUCGAAUGUCAACGCUGGGAAGAUCAUCUGUCUGGUUAAUGACGACUGA